GAAGAAUACUUCGAGCAAUACAAGGAAACUCGUGAAGAAGGACGGCAAUGGGUACGAGAGAAAUUUGUCGAGAAAAACGGUUCUUAUUGGGACUUAUUUGCAGAAUGAACAUUAAACCAACAAAGCCCCAAUCAAGGGGCUAUUAAAU